UCGUGAUUCGUAAAAUAUUACUUGUCGUUUUGUGUCGGUUUAUUUAUUGAUUUCAUUAAUUUUGCUGAAGAAAACAGUAUUUAUUAAAUUAAUGCGAACAACAAACUACCAAAAUGACAGUAACUAAAAUGGAAAUAGACCCAGUUAAGGGCGAUGGUUUCCGUCCCUACUACAUAACAAAGAUCGAAGAACUUCAGUUAAUUGUGGCAGAGAAGUCCCAAAAUCUCCGGCGUCUGCAGGCUCAGCGCAAUGAACUCAACGCGAAAGUGCGUAUGUUGCGUGAAGAAUUACAACUUCUACAGGAGCAGGGGUCGUACGUCGGCGAAGUUGUGAAACCAAUGGAUAAAAAGAAGGUCCUUGUGAAAGUACACCCAGAAGGCAAGUUUGUUGUAGAUUUAGACAAAAACGUAGAUAUUAACGAUGUUACCGCCAACUGCCGUGUUGCAUUGCGCAAUGAGAGUUACACGCUUCAUAAAAUCCUGCCAAACAAGGUCGAUCCUUUAGUAUCACUUAUGAUGGUCGAGAAGGUGCCGGAUUCUACUUACGAGAUGGUCGGUGGCUUGGAUAAGCAGAUUAAGGAAAUCAAAGAGGUGAUUGAACUGCCUGUAAAACACCCUGAGCUGUUCGAUGCAUUGGGUAUAGCUCAACCCAAAGGUGUGCUUUUGUAUGGCCCUCCUGGUACUGGUAAGACGCUCUUAGCGCGUGCUGUAGCUCACCAUACUGAGUGCACAUUCAUCAGAGUGUCAGGUUCUGAGCUAGUACAGAAAUUCAUUGGUGAAGGAAGUCGCAUGGUCCGAGAGUUGUUCGUAAUGGCUCGAGAGCAUGCUCCCUCUAUCAUCUUUAUGGACGAGAUUGAUUCCAUUGGUUCGUCACGUAUAGAAUCAGGAAGUGGUGGAGAUUCAGAGGUACAAAGAACCAUGUUGGAGUUACUGAAUCAGUUAGAUGGGUUUGAAGCCACAAAGAACAUUAAAGUCAUCAUGGCUACAAAUAGAAUUGAUAUUCUUGACCCUGCGUUACUGAGGCCUGGACGUAUUGACAGGAAGAUAGAGUUCCCACCACCAAACGAAGAGGCCAGGUUGGACAUCCUAAAAAUUCAUUCUCGCAAAAUGAACUUGACUAGAGGCAUCAAUCUGCGUAAGAUUGCAGAGUUAAUGCCUGGUGCUUCUGGUGCUGAAGUUAAGGGUGUAUGCACAGAGGCCGGUAUGUACGCACUGAGGGAACGCAGAGUGCAUGUUACACAAGAGGACUUUGAAAUGGCUGUGGCUAAAGUAAUGCAGAAGGACUCUGAGAAGAACAUGUCUAUCAAGAAACUGUGGAAGUAAAUUAUUCACUAAUCAUUACUUAUAUUUGUCUUUUAUCUCUAUAGGAAAAUAUAAUAUACAUUUAAUUCUUUUUAAUUGCA